GAUGGUGUGACUCUUUUGUAGCACAGAACUCAUGCGCCGGGUCCGCAGAUUCCAGAUUGCCCAGUACAAAUGCCUUGUGAUCAAGUACGCCAAGGACACUCGUUACUGCGCCAAUGGGGUCUCCACGCAUGACAGGAAUACCAUGGAGGCUCUUUCAGCCUGUUAUCUCAAAGACGUGCACCAGGAGGCGCUUGGUUCAGCUGUGAUUGGCAUUGACGAAGGCCAGUUUUUCCCAGACAUUGUGGAGUUCUGCGAGGCAAUGGCCAAUGCAGGGAAGACGGUAAUCGUUGCUGCCCUCGAUGGGACCUUCCAGAGGAAGGCAUUUGGGAGCAUCCUGAACCUGGUCCCCUUGGCAGAGAGUGUAGUGAAGCUGAAUGCUGUAUGCAUGGAGUGUUACCGGGAGGCUUCAUACACUAAGAGGCUGGGCUCUGAGAGGGAGGUAAGAUUCUAG